AUGCAAUGUUUCAGGAUCUCUGACAUCCCAGGGGGGAUCCCUGCCUCCACCAGGAAGCUCUACAUCAGCCACAGCAGGAUCCGACACCUACAGCUCUCAGACUUCACUUGCCUGUCUGGUUUGCAAGAGUUGGUGCUGUUUUCCAGUGGGACAGAAACAACUGAAAAUAACACUUUCAAAGCACUGAGUGACUUGAAAGUGUUGGAAGUAUGGAAGAAUAAGCUAACCACUAUUCCCAGAUCACUUCCACCAAGUCUGGAGGUCCUGAAACUUGGAGAUAAUUCUAUUCGCUCUGUUCAUCACUAUGAUUUUGAUGGUUUGACCAAGCUAAAGGUGCUUGAAAUCCAGAACAACAUGCUGCUGACAUUGUCCUUUGACGUGUUUUCUACAUUGACAAAUAUACAGCGCCUGAUCCUGGACAGUAAUGGAAUGCAAAGCAUAUCUGGGACAGCUAAGCUGACACAACUGAGAUACCUAGGCUUGGAGAACAACAAGAUGCUCUUCUUUCAUGAACAUUUCUUUUCACACUUCCCAAGCUUGCAGUUUCUUAAGUUAGCAGGAAACCAACUGGCUAAAAUUCCAGCACAACUCCCACGAUCACUGCUUUCGUUGAGGCUUGAGAGGAAUAACAUAAAAAAUGUUCGAGUCAGAGAUGUAAAACAGUUGGAAAUUCUAUCUGAGCUUAACCUUUCUGGGAACCAGCUUUCUUCAGCAGAUGGUAUCCAAACUGUUGUCAAUCUUACCUCUUUAGAUCUGUCCAAGAACCACCUCUCAUCUUUCCCCAAUAAAUUACCAUUCAAAUUACAGAGACUUGACUGCAGUGAUAACCAGAUUUCCAGAGUGACAGUACAAGACAUGAAGAGCCUGUCUUACCUUAAACAUUUGUUCCUGGACAAUAAUGGAAUGAUUCAGUUAGAAGACAAAACACUCCAGUGGUGUGUUCACUUGUCCAACUUGGCCAUGGAGCAAAACCUUCUAACCUCAAUUCCACAGGGGCUUCCAGUGACCCUAACCCGGUUAGACCUCAAAGGCAACAAAAUUGAACACAUUGGAGUUCAUGAUGUAAAUAAUUUGAAACAGCUCCAGGUUCUCAACCUUCGAAAUAACAAAAUCACAUCCCUAGAUCACCAGGUUUUGGAAUGCUUGCCACGUUUGCAACACCUCUAUUUAGACGGCAACCCCUGGAACUGCACCUGCAAACUUCUAACGGUCAGAAGACUAUUAGUCGAUAAAGGAACUGAUAUAAAGGAAGGCCAAUGUAUCGAGCCAAGUUACUGCCGUGGUGAAAGAUGGAUGUCCUCUGAAACUAUGUUACGGCAUUGUGAGAGCAGCUAUACCUUUGACAAAGGAAAAGAACCUAAGAAAAAGAUCAAAUUUAAUGAACUACUUGACAUAGAAAAUGAUGAAGACUACGAUUAUGACUUGAUUCAUUGA